GUGGCUCCUCGUAAAUCGUCCUAACCUGCGGAUGUUCCCAAAACUCGAUAGAUCUAGUGUUGGCUGAACAACCCGAUGCCAAUAGCGCAGUACGGUCUACAACCGUAAUUCCGUGGGAUAAAAUUGACGAUCGGAGUUGUGGGAAAAUAAUGAACGGCAGACGUGGCCCCGCAAAUGGCAGAGACUUGAACAAGAGUCCAAAUAUCAAUCUGUAUCUGGUGCGAACCAUUGAAGAAAUCACUAGCGGAAACCGGAGUAGGAAGACACAGUUGUACCGAUGGUACUGUACAAACGCUACCGAAUACUGUGACUGCGGCUCGAGCCUUGGCAUCACCGAGGCUUCAGCCCGCAAGGUCUAUCAACAUCUGGGGUUUCCCGUGGGGAGAGACGCCGUCACUUCUCAGGGUUAUCGAGAAUGUGCCUUGCAUGUUUGGGGCACCCACAAUCUGAGCACAGAGGAGAUCCUAUCCUGGAUGGCGGAGUACAGCCCCGUCAAUAUAGAAUGGAUCAACGAUGCUUCCUGUAACAUCAUCUUCGCAAAUGCCAACACUGUUCUCAGGAUAAUCGCGGACGCCGCUGAACCUUUCUCGCGACGCGUUGCUUUAGCCGCGGCGGCCGCCCUCGCCUCUGUGCUCGAUGCGAAUGACGAUGCAUCCAACUGUGUGUCCCACCACGGCAGCAGUUCGACUGAGCCACUGGCCAAACGGUCGGAUGACUCUCUCGAUACCAUCGGGAGAUCGUCGGCGUUGCGUGUGUCUUCGGAAGCAUUGGAUUCUAUCGAGGAAUUCUCACAGUAUCUACCUCCAUCUGGUCGUUGGUACAAGGCCUUGUCAGUGCCAUCCAAAACGGUCUCUUUGUUCCUCCGAUUCGCUCACAAGUCCGACGUCAAACUUCCCGGAGCAGAACGUCGGAGUUUGUACUAUCGCCGUUACGGAAAUCCUAAUUAUGGUGGAAUGACUGGCAUCCUGAGCCGAUCGUACCGCCGUCGUUUGCGGAUUUCUCGGACGAAAUCGAGUGCGCAUUCCGAUGGAAGCCUGCGGCGUGUGCACAUUUUGCCGAGCGAUUUCGCUGAUGCUGUGGUACGGGCGUACGUUGACUCGGAUACUACGGAUCUGAGUUUCAACUCUGGCAUCAAAUCAACCCCUUUGGUUCCUGUCUCUGAAUUUUCGGCUCCUGAAGUCAAUGAACCUAUGCCGAGGCGGCAAUUGAUUGUGUACGAUAACCUUUACGAUGUUGAUGAACAAGACGGAAGCCUAGAUUGGUCCAGGAAAACCCCUAUUGACGCCCGCAGUCGAAUUGCACGUCGAAGAGAAGGCACCGGUAAGCUAAAAAACAUGCCAUUCGCUUUGCUUUGUUCCCACACACGGAAUGGCCUGAACGGGUUCUGCUCUUUGUGUUGGUAA